UCAUGUUGAAUAUUUUGCAGGAGAGGUUGUUUGUCUCGUUGCUCCCAUUUUAUUGAAAACACAUUUUGCAAAACAUCAAUACAAAAAUAUGGCCGGAUUAUUCGUUAAAACUUUUCGUACAGUUGUAAGAAGCUCUUUAGGUGUACGAUCUUUCGCCACACGACCGGUAGCAAUAACGUUGGCAAAUAAAUGUAAUGAUAAACUACAAAAUUCUCUACAAAUGAAAUCAAGUUCUAUAAACUCCGUACAGAGAUUUGUUAGACCACAAGAACGAAGUUACAGUUCUAAGCCACCGCUGACUUUGCAACUCAUUUCAGAUAGAGUCCUGUUAGUGUUAAAAUUGUAUGACAAAAUUAACCCUGAAAAGUUGACUCUACAAUCUCAUUUCAUCAAUGACUUAGGAUUAGAUUCACUAGAUCAUGUAGAAGUUAUAAUGGCAAUGGAGGACGAAUUCGGUUUUGAAAUUCCAGAUGCUGAUGCUGAAAAAUUGUUGAAACCUGCAGAUAUUGUGAGAUAUGUUGGAGAUAAAGAAGAUAUAUAUGAAUAAAUUGUAAUUUAAAUUACUGUAAUCUGUCAUAUAUAGCAUUAUCUUUUAAGUUUAUUAAAUAAAUGUAAAUUAUUGUU